AUGGGUUGGCGUUACCUGGCAGCGUUUCCUGUCGUUUUGGCCGGUAUCUACCUGUUAUUAGCACCGAGUUUGUGCAUUGAAAGCCCAGCGUGGCUUCUCAAUCAAGGACGAAAGAAAGAGGCGAAGACGGUCCUGGCUUUACUCUACGGAGAAGAGCACGUGCAAUUAGCCUUAUCGUGGCUUGAAGUGACUGCGAAACCUGAACGCUCUGAAGAAGGAUUGAGUGCUUUUAAAAAAGAGUCCAUGUUUGCCCCUCGUUACCGCAUGCAGCUUCUUACCGGUAUUUUGUUGUCAUGCUCCCAGCAGCUAUCCGGAAUAAACGCCGUGUUUUACUACUCAGGCAGUAUUUUCUCGGAUGCAGGCAUCAAGGAUUCGCGCGUUGGCACACUGAUAAUUGACUUUAUUAACAUAUGGCCAGCUUUGUUUACGGGUAUUCUUGCGAAUCGCUUCGGCGCUCGCAAUAUGAUCCUUGGGGGUCUUGCGGGUAUGGUGAUCACGUCCGUCGGUAUGACACUGGCAUUCUUGCUAGACGUCUCUGCUCUAUCAAUAGUAUUUACAGCUCUAUAUGUAAUUGCUUUUGGUGUGACAUUGGGUCCUCUCGUAUGGGUAAUGACGGCCGAUAUAUUUCCAGAUUCGAUCCGUGCUAGCGCCUCUUCACUCUGUAUCGGCAUUAAUUGGCUAUGCAACCUCAUCGUGGGUGUGUCUUAUCCUUACAUUUCCGAUGCGUUGAAUGACUAUGCGUAUGUUCCAUUUGUGGUGCUACUGUCCAUUUUCUUCUUACUGGGAUUGAAAAUGGUGCCAGAGACAUCUGGCAAGUCGGCGGAAGAGAUUCAAGCAGAAUAUGAUUUGCGUCGCGUACAUCAAGGAAAUUUUUGA